AUGACAUUGCCAGAGAGGUUUAGUACUGAUGAUAAGGGUACUUUUGGGGAAUAUACUGCCAAUGCCCGUUGGCCGAUAAUUGUACAAAAUGCGAUCGAUGACAUGGGCACGGCUAUAGGAGCGAUAGUGGGUGAUGAAGAGUGUGUGAGACAGGGUGAGAUUAUUAGGAAACAAUUGAUUGAAUUGAGGUCGAGUAUUGUGAAUGAUGAAGAGUUGAGACAGUUUACCGAUGAGGAAGUUAGGGUUGCCAAGAUUCCAGGGUCGUUUAAUGAAGAGCUGAGUAGAAAGGGUAAAGUUACGUGGUUCCAUGCAGAAUGGUUGUUUGCGGAGGUUUAUUUGUAUAGGAGGAUUAAUGUUCUUUUCCGUUUUGAACCUUUGUGGGCCGAUUUCGAUAUCUUUGAUAGAUUGAAGCAGUCGACUUUUGAAUCUUCUUUGUAUGGUGUGGUGGAAUUGGCGGUUCGGUUUGUGGCAUUGAGUAAACAGUUGAAGCAGAUCGGUGAGGAUGAGGAAGCGAUGAAAUUGUUGUUUAAGGAGUUUGUGGAUAUCUCUUUGUGGGGGAAUGCUACGGAUUUGUCGUUGUUGACCGAUGCUACUAUUGAGGAUAUUAAGUCUAUUCAGGGUGCAAAAGUUAGACAGGAAUCUGAAUCGAAGAUCUUGGUCAACGAUACUUUGAAAGCUUGGGACUCACUUAAAAGUGGGUCCGGUGGGAAGAGAGUGGAUUUUGUUUUGGAUAACUCUGGUUUCGAGCUUUAUGCGGACUUGAUGCUUGCCGCGUUCCUGUUGGAGACAAAAUUAGCCAGCAAGUGUAUUUUCCAUGCAAAGGACAUUCCUUAUAUGGUCAGUGACGUGAUGAUCAAGGAUUUCAACCUUUUGUUGAAGGAUUUGAAAGAUAGAAAGUUUUUCCCAGUUGCGGAAAAGGCAUCUCAGGAAGCUUUGGAUCAUUUUGCAGAUACUAUUUCGAACCAUGUUUCCAAGGGUGAAAUUGAAGUUCGCGAGGACUCAUUUUGGACUACUGAUUUGGAUUUCUGGUGCAUUGACGCAUCGGAGAAGAAAUAUCACGGUGCUGAGAUUCAUAGGGACUUGGUUCAAUCCGACCUGGUGAUCUUUAAAGGUGAUUUGAAUUAUAGAAAGCUCGUGGGUGAUAGGAAAUGGGCACGUACGACUCCAUGGACGAAAGCCAUUGGACCACUGGCUGAAAAUGGUAUUACUUCUUUGAGUUUGAGAACCGCCAAGGCGGAUGUUCAGGUUGCUUUGCCCAAUGGUCUUGAUGAGAAAUUGACCGAACUGUGGGAAAAGGAUCACCCUGGUCAGGGCUCAUGGUGGUGUUGUAGUGGUAAAUGGGCAGUUAUUUGCUUCUGUGCUGGAAAAUAG